GCGGAGUCGGAUGGACCGUCGUGCUGGCUUGGAUGAAGAUUUACCCCCGAUGGCAUGAUGCAGGGCCGACCGCGGCGGGCUCAAUUCCCAGUGUUACUUACUAAAUGCAACCUGGAUCCAGUCCAUGACUGCAGAUCCCAACUCUUUUUCCCUUGUCCUCCCCCACGACUCCUCCCCGCCUCAUCACCUUACUUGUACGACAAUCCCCGCCAAACAGCACAACCACAUCCCCUCCAUCUCUUCCACACACACACACACACACACCCGCGACCAACACAGAUACUUCGCCAUGGCGAGCGAGGCCACCACGCCCUCUGCACCGCCGACCACCACCGCCAAAGCCGACGAGGCGCGGAUGGAGCAACCCGUGCGGGACGCGACGAUACCGGCGAUGGACGAGAAGGACGCGCUGGCGACCGCGCGGGCAGGCGGCUGGGAGGUGGACGCGCUGGUGGACGAGAUGGAGGCGGCGCUGGCGGCGGCGCAGGGGCAGGGCGGCGGCGGUGGCGGCGGCGGCGGCGCGCACGCGGGCAAGGGGCCGUUCGACCUCGAGUUCCGCGACCCGCGGCACUUCACGUGGGCGAUCGUGGCGUUCGCGUCCAUGGGCGGCCUGCUGUCCGGCCUGGACCAGUCGCUCAUCUCGGGCGCGAACCUGUACCUGCCGCGGGACCUGGGCCUGGACACGCGGCAGAACAGCCUGGUCAACUCGGCCAUGCCGCUCGGCGCCGUCGGCGGCGCCCUGGUGCUCUCGCCCUGCAACGAGUGGUUCGGCAGGCGCUGGUCGAUUAUCGUCGCGUGUGUCCUGUACACGGUCGGCGCGGCGCUCGAGGCCGGGUCGGUUAACUACGGCAUGAUCGUCGCCGCCCGCGUCAUCCUCGGGCUGGGUGUCGGUCUGGAGGGCGGCACGGUGCCCGUCUACGUGGCCGAGACGGUCGAGCGCAAGGUCCGCGGCAAUCUCGUGUCGCUGUACCAGUUCAGCAUCGCGCUCGGCGAGGUGCUCGGCUACGCCGUGGCGGCCAUAUUCCUGCACGUGCCCGGCAACUGGCGCUACAUCCUGGGCUCGUCGCUCGUCUUCUCGACCAUCAUGUUCGUCGGCAUGCUCUUCCUGCCCGAGUCGCCGCGGUACCUGAUGCACAAGGGCCGCGGGCUGGACGCGUACAAGGUGUGGAAGCGGAUCCGCGGCGUGGAGGACCGCGAGGCGCGCGAGGAGUUCUUCGUCAUGCGCGCGUCGGUGCUGCACGAGAGCCAGGUCGUCGCCGAGAGCGCGGUCAACAAGCGGUUCCCCUGGCUCGACUUCUUCACGGUGCCGCGGGCGCGGCGCGCGCUGGUCUACGCCAACAUCAUGAUCCUGCUCGGCCAGCUGACGGGCGUCAACGCCAUCAUGUACUACAUGUCGGUGCUGAUGAGCCAGGUCGGCUUCGACGACGAGAAGGCCAACUACAUGUCGCUCGUCGGCGGCGGGUCGCUCCUGCUGGGCACGAUCCCGGCCAUCUUCCUGAUGGAGAAGUACGGCCGCCGGUUCUGGGCCAACACGAUGCUCCCGGGCUUCUUCGUCGGCCUGGUCAUCAUCGGGGCCAGCUACCAGAUCCCGCUCGAGACGAACCUGCGGGGCGCCGAGGCGUGCUACCUCAUCGGCCUGAUCCUGUACAUGAGCUUCUUCGGGAGCUACGCGUGCCUGACGUGGGUGGUGCCGUCCGAGGUGUACCCGACGUACCUGCGGUCGUACGGCAUGACGACGUCGGACGCGCUGCUGUUCCUGGCCUCGUUCGUCGUGACGUACAACUUCUCGGCCAUGCAGGAGGCCAUGACGCCGACGGGGUUGUCGCUCGGCUUCUACGGCGGCAUCGCGGUCGUCGGCUGGCUCUACCAGCUGCUGUUCAUGCCCGAGACCAAGGACAAGACGCUCGAGGAGGUCGACCUGCUGUUCCAACGGCCCACGGGCGAGAUCGUCGCCGAGAACAUGAGGAACAUGGGCCAGUCCCUGCGCAACUUCUUCACUGGGAACUGGGGGCGGAACGGGGCGGCCGGCGAACCGAUCCGGAGUAAUCUAGUGGCGGAGGAGGUCAAGGCACAGAGCGAGGCCGUUUAAGGGACUGGGAAGAACCGCGUAGGAAAUGUUGUGCGGUUCCGAGGAGACUGCGGAGCGACA